GUGGUUUACUUCAGGGGCGGAAAGCGGGAAGACGCAUGCACAGCAACCGGGUAAACUCUGGCUGGCCUCUCUUUUCAUCUGAUCCUGUUUAACCACCACCUUCCUUUCUGAGUAAUAACUCGAAUACUACAGCAACGGGAACAAAAAGAGGGGCUGUUUUCUUCUUGGCACGCCACCGUCCAUCUCAACACCGAAUUAGGCAACGACAUUCACAUUCUCUUUUCACCACCACGCCUAAGCCGCAACAGAAACUAAAGAAACAAAAUUCUCCAACCCACAAACUCUAGCCAAGAAUUCACACUGCAAUCACAAAAAGAGAAUGGCGACCGCACCCAGCACCGUCCGCUACUCAACAGCCAACGUAGCCAACGACUCGGCAGCCCAGUCCUUCGCCUGGGAAGAAGGCAUCCCCGUAAACAAGUUCUGGGACAGCCUCAGCUUCUGCACCAGCCGCAACUUCCUGCGCAACUUCUCCGCGGCCGAACUCGCCGCGCUGCCCAUCGACGCCGCCAGCAGCGCGCCCGACACGGAAAAGCUCGAGCUGCUCCUCCGCCUCCUCGAAACAAAGCUCUCACACAACGACGUCAACAUCACUGAUGAUGAUGACGAUAAUAAAUUCGACUGCUGGAACGAUACAUGUCUAGCUAUGGCAUCGAUCCAGUCCGAGCUCGGCCGGCUGGACGCCGCCGAGACGACCAUCCGCGCCAUGGCCGCCGCGCGCCGUGAUAAAACAAACCUGUCGCCGCUGCACAUGCUCGCCGACCACCUCGUCAAGAUUCGCAAGUUCGCCGAGGCCGAGGCCACGGAGCGGCCUGUCGUGCAGUGGAUGGACGCGCAUCCCCGGUUGGGGAAGGACUCGCCGCAGGCGCUCAGCGCGCGCCGGGUCCUUGUGCGUGCGCUUUGGGGGUUGGGGUGUAGGCAUGCGGAGGCUGAAGGGAUGGUGCGGGAGAUUAGGGAGAUUGUGGAGGGCAUGGGGGAGGGCAGGUUUGGGGUGUAUCAGCAGGAGGAGGGGGAGUUGGUAGAGGAGUUGGUGGCGGGGCUUGGGAUGGAAGUGUGAGUAGAUGGGACUUGGUUUCUUGACUUGGGUUUUCCUUGUUGCUUGGAUUAUGACUAGGGCGAUGAUCACGAGGAAUCUGCUGCAUUGGGACUGGGGUGAGACUGUGGGAUGAGCUUGGUUGAGUAAAAGGUCUAUAUAGCCAGGUGCAAAGGUGUGGAUAUCGUGAAGUGGUGGAAACUCCGCCUGAAGUGGAAAGAGUACUCAUCAGUUUGAAUUCUAGGAUGGAUGGUCAAGGUCACCUACGUAAUUAGGCUACACAGAUUCCAGGGGGGUCAACAAGCCAAGGUGAAAAGCAACGAACAACUUCUACAGGUCCGCUAGGAAAAAGAACGAAUGAAGCACACCCCGCUAAGCGAAA